AGUAGCACCCAUGCUGACCUGAGGCUGACUUUGAAUAAGGUUUUAAUGUCGUAUUAUAAUAAUGUUAUAUAUACUGUUUGCUUCUCUAUAAUUUAAAUACAUAUAUCUUAGAAUCCAGUGACGAGGGGUAAUCUGCCUUUCCCGGUGAUGCAAUGAUCUGUUCUCCAUGCACGUGGUACCAAACUGAACGUCGCUACUGGCAGCUCACCUCAACGUAACGUCAAAGAAAAGUUAUAUGAAAUAACAGAAUGCAGCUGUCUGCGAGAUGAAACCAUCCGAACCCGAGUUGACAGGCUAUUGAAGGAGCACUUAACCUAUCCUCCCUCCUCAUUUUUUUGGGUGUGAUCUCAGCUGGCUGAGGUUGCCUGCUGCUCUGACGUUGAGCUGCACUGUGUUGGAACAAUGAAGACCCCCAGUGCAUACUUACUUUGAGUCGAUGUCCGCGGUGAUGUUUCGGGUCCAGUGUGUGAACUCCUUCCUUCGGAGGCUCCUUCAUGGGGGGCCAGGGCACCGAGACCAGGUUCUGGAGCAGCUGCGGGUUUGCUCGGCUGAAGACCAGGUGUUUGAUGUGGUGGGCAAGAACAAAGCCAAGCUCACUGUGAACCAUGUCAGCAAGGCGGUUGGGAUGCUGUGGCAGUUUCAGAAAGAGAAGCCUCAGAUGCUCAGGACUGUGGAGCUCAUCAAGAGGCAUCCGCAGUUCUUGACUCUGAGGGUUUUGGCAGAGAACAAAAUCGUUCUUAUGGAUGAUGUAAUGUUGGUCGACAUACUUUACAGCUUUCUAAGGUUGAACAUGGAUCAACAUGACUCCCUUGUUCAGCAGCUAGUUUCAGAAGCAUGGCUCAGAAUAGACAGACUUCCAAUGGAAUCGCUAUCCAAGUUUUCCAUCUGUUUAAGUGAUCAGCACCUUCAACACAGUCCUCUAAUGGGCCACAUCACCAGUAUUGUGGAUCAGAGGUUGUCUUCUAUUGAUGAUGCCAGGGUCCUAACUGCACUGAUGAUUUGCGUGUCGUCCCUAGUGUCCCCCCGGCUUCGGGAUGCCCUCAUUAUCCGAGCAGACCAUCUCCUAGAAACCAUGGAUCCCUCAAAUUAUAACAACCCGCGGAGAGUGGUGCAAUUCCUGCGCAAUGUCAAGCACAGUUACCGGCCUCUGCUGGAGAAGUGCAACAGGAUCAUCUUGCGUAACAUUCCCAGACUGGACGCAGAAAAUAUCGGCAUCAUCCUGGGGCUGUAUCAGUCUUUGCAGUUCAACAACUGUGACUUCAGGCUGGCUGUCAAACAACGACUAACAGAGCUGAUUGAUUCCAGCAUCGAUCCAUUCUCCUUCACCAAACUUUUUGUCGCUCUGGUGCCGAUGGCCAGUCAGGAGCUCAAAGAUGGGCUGGAAAACACUGCGCUCCUGUUGGCGGACGAGCUCAGUGCGCAUCAGGCUCUGGCAGUAGCUGAAGCUCUCGAAGAGACUCAGAGCAGGAAUCUUAGCUUAAUCAACAAAAUUGCAUCAGUGAUCCAAAGGAAUAUCCAUGCCUACAAGCCAGUGGAGGUGGCCAGAAUCACGCAAGCCCUUUUUCUGAUGCAAUACCAGAACCCCCAACUGUUUACUAAACUACGAAACAUUUUAGUCAAGUUUUUGGAACGCAGCUUCUACCCCUACGAAGUGACCAUGUUGACCCGCGUUCUGUCCAUGCUGCCCUGCCCACGGCUGGACGAGGGCGUGAUUUCACGGGUGGAUGCGGUGGUGCCUCAGUGCAAUCUCAAUGACCUCAACACCAUUUCUCAUGCCGUUGCCAAGUGGGUGCGUAAUGAUCCCUCCUUCCGCCACAACACUCCCAGCAAGUACGUCCGUCUGCUGCAGAGCCUGAACCGCUGCGGGCACGAGAGGCUGCGAACGUCCGACCGGCUGGACCUGCUGCUGGAGGAGCUCAAGUACAUUUCGGGGGAGUGGUUUGAGGAAAUGCUGCUGGAAGAGACGAUGGUCACACUGAAAAGGAUGAUGGACCAAAUACAGUGGACCAAUGUGCCCGAGUUGGCCCUCUUCUUAACCCGAAUAAAUCACCUCUGCCCUCCCCUGAUGGACCUUAUCGCCAGCGUGGCCAUUAAAGACAUUGACAAGAUUCACCACUCUGCAACAUAUGCCAUCCUGCUACCGUUCUCUGUUAUGAAUUAUGAUUCAGAACAAGUAGACGAGUUGUAUGAUGUUUGUGUUAAGCGCUUCGUUCCUCAUAUCAGCUCCUUUGACCCACAUCUGCUCGUUCUCCUGGGGUACCUUUUGUCCAUGGCCGACUGUUUUCCCGAAGAACUCGUCAGACAGAUUUUCAGUAUAGACUUUCUGGGAAAACUGGAUUCCCAAUUAGAAACUCUACCUGAUGCCCUCAACAUGCGGACCAGACUGCGCCUCAUGGAGCUCAAUCGCGCCGUGUGUCUCGAGUGUCCCGAGCUCCAGGUGCCGUGGUUUCACGAGCGCUACUGCCAGCAGUUGCAAAAUAAAGGAAACGGCAAGGUCAGUCCUGUACAACAGCAAAUCCACAAAAUUCUGGGAGAAGUUCUCGGUGGCAUUAACUUUGCCCGAGUUGCAGUUGUCACUCCAUAUUUUUACACCGUAGACUUUGAAUGCACACUGGACACACGCCUUCUGCCGUUGCCCUACAGCGAGUCCAGCACGCUGCAGAUCUCAGACCGAGGACAGGUUCACUGGGCGAAAAGCUCAGUGGAGAACAUCAGGGAUGUGCUGCCCCCUGGAGCUCAGCGAGUGGCUGUGGACUUUCUUGAUUCCAAGUCCUUCUGCAAGAACUCUCCACAUAUGAAAGGUGAAGCCCUGAUGAGAAAAAGACACCUUGAAAUUCUGGGAUACCGCGUGGUUCAGAUCCCUCACUUUGAAUGGAACUCUAUGGAGCUUUCAACACCAGAUGCCUGGAAGGAAUAUCUAAAGAAGAACAUAUUUAGGGAGCGCUCGUCUUGAAGGCCUUAUCUAUUGAACGGUGGAAGUAAUGUUUUUUGAGUUCUGGGUUUGAGAAUUUUCAAAAUAAAUGAGUUGGUUUAUCAAGUGCUACCUCAUUCAUGAGAUUGUGUAUUAUGUGCUUUUGUAUUUAAAUGUAUAUUUCAAAAUAAAUGUAAAAUUGACUCGAAUAAAUAAUAAAUGUUACAUCUUCUA